AUAAAACGAAAACGCGGUUGUGCAAUAUAGCGUUGAAAUUCACCGGGCGUUUAAGGAGUUUGGACAGAUUUCUGAUCAGAGACGUCACGGGAAGCUCGGUGUCACUGGAAACGUACAAUAUAUCAGUAAAACUGCUGUAAGCGCCAAAAUGCAGACCGUAACAAUGGAUCCUAUCAAGAGGUAUGUGCUGCUCGGUAUUUUAUUGUCUUUGAUCCGUAACAUUUCAACCUCGGUCACUCAUUAUUCGAUACCCGAAGAAAUGAAGGAAGGAUCAGUUGUGGCGAAUCUUGCUGCUGAUCUCAGUUUGGACGUUAAUACAUUGAACCAAAGGAAAAUGCGACUGGACAUAAUUGCAAAUAAAAAAUAUCUGGACGUGAACAAAGAGACUGGUGAGCUGUAUAUUAUUGAAAAGAUAGACAGGGAAUAUCUUUGCCCUUCAAAGUCGUCGGCAUCUUGCUAUAUUAAACUGGAGGUAACGUUAGAAAACCCAAUACGAAUUUUUAAUAUCGAAGUAGAGAUUUUGGACAUGAACGACAACGCCCCGCAGUUUCGCAGAGACGCCAUUCAUUUGGACAUAUCUGAGGCGACUCCAAAGGGGGAGAGAUUCUCUCUGAGCAACGCAGUCGAUCCGGAUGUUGGAAGCAACUCGGUGAAAACGUAUCAUCUGAGUGAAAGUGAGCAUUUUAAUAUUGAAAUACAAACUGGGAGAGAUGGGUCGAAAUUUGCGGAAUUAAUAUUAAAAAAAACGUUAGAUCGAGAGCAGCAGGCUGUUCAUAAUUUAAUCCUCACAGCUGUAGACGGAGGAACACCCGCUCGUUCCGGUACUGCCAGCGUGAUUGUUCAGGUUUUGGACACAAAUGACAACGCUCCUUUAUUUGACAAAAAGCUUUAUAAUAUUCGAAUAUUCGAGAAUUCUCCCAUUGGAAGUCUCGUUAUUAACCUGAAUGCAACGGAUUUAGACGAGGGAUCAAACUCUGACGUUACUUACUCUUAUAGUUUGUACACAUCAGAGAAAACACAGGAAACGUUUAAUCUGAAUCCUUCCACUGGUGAAAUUACAGUUAAAGGAACAUUAAAUUAUGAGGAUUUUAAGAUUUAUGAUAUGGAAGUUAUAGCAACAGACCACGGAGCCAGUAGUUUAUCAGGUCAAUGCACCAUAAAGAUUCUGGUGGAGGACAUGAAUGACAACCACCCAGAAAUAUCAGUCAAAUCUUUCCAGAGUCCAGUGAGUGAAAACAUAGAGUUAGACACAGUGAUAGCAGUAGUGAGUGUCAGUGAUAAAGACUCAGGAGACAAUGGAGUGGUGGACCUUCAUAUUCCACAUAACAUGCCCUUCAGACUGAGGGAGUCCUCUGAUAACUACUAUGAGUUAGUGGUGUCAGAGCCGUUAGACCGUGAGAAGGUUCCAGAGUAUGAGAUCACGUUCACUGUGACAGACAGAGGUUCUCCUCCUUUAUCUGACAAUGACACUAUGACGCUGGAGCUGCUGGAUGUGAAUGACAACGUUCCGCAGUUCCCUCAGUCAUUUUACGCCAUACGUGUGAUGGAGAACAACGCACCCGGAGCCCUGAUCAGUUCACUCACUGCCUUUGACCCUGACCUCCAUGAAAACCAGUAUCUGGUUUACUUCAUCAUAGAGAAGGAGAUCGCCAACACCUCCAUGUCCAUGCUGUUCUCCAUCAAUCCAGAGAACGGGAACCUUUACGCACUGAAAACCUUUGACUACGAGAUAGAGAAGGACUUUCUGUUCCACAUCGAGGCCAGAGACUCUGGUUCUCCUCCUCUCAGCAGCAACGUGACCGUCCACAUCAUCAUUGUGGACCAGAACGACAACGCUCCAGUCAUUGUGUCUCCGUGGCGCGCGCACGGCUCAGUGGUGGAGGAAAAGAUCCCCAGAUCCACGGAUAAAGGCUCUCUGGUUGCCAAGGUGAUCGCCUUGGACACGGACUCGGUGCACAACUCUCGCAUCACCUACCAGUUCCUGCAGGUGCCUGACGCCACCUUGUUCAGCCUGGACCAGUACAACGGAGAGAUCCGGACCAUGAGGAUGUUCAGCUACAGGGAUCAGCGCCACCACAGACUGGUGGUUGUUGCCAAGGACAACGGGGAGCCUGCUCUCUCCGCUACAGUCACCAUCAAGCUGUCCACCGUGGAGACCGCCGUCAAGGCCUACUCUGACAUGACAGAGGUGCCUCUGGAGUACGACAUCUUCUCAGACCUCAACCUGUACUUGGUGAUCGGUCUGGGCUCCGUGUCCUUCCUGCUGCUCAUCACCAUCCUGGUCACCAUCGUGCUGAAGUGUCAGAAACCCAAAGCCAGCAAAGCGGCUCCUCCCUGCAGGAACAGCGUGGCCAGUGAGAGGAACUCCACCAUCGCUGACUCCACGCUGGUCUCCAACGAUGCCUACUGGUACAGUCUGUUCCUGGCAGAGACCAGGAAGGGGAAGCUGGUGGUGAGACAGCCUGUGCCAAAGGGCUCCAGAUACAUCGUGUCCAGUAUCCCCAGAGGUACCGGACUGACGGAUACUAGUGACUCAGCAGCUUCCACUCUGCAGGUAAAAACCCAAAGCAUUGUUGCUUCAAGUAGUCUUCACCUUACAUCACAAAUUGGUAUUAUGGAAGUUAGGUUUAUAAAAUUGAGUUAUGGCUUUUCAGAGGAUUGUCUUCAUGUGUUACCUAACUUUGAACAUUUCACACUUGGAUUUGAGUAUUUUAUCACAAUAAUUGUUCUUUCACGCUCAAUUGUAAUGAACGUUGUGCACCUCUUAACAUACUUUUUCUGGUAAUGUGAAACAAAUUUG